AUGGCGACCUCGCCGGUAGACCCACCGGAAAAUAGAGCUCCACCUCCUUCUCCGGUGGCCAUUGGCCGGAAAAACUCAUUUGUCAAUGAAGAGAAGCUCACCCACUAUCUCGAGCGCUCACUUCACUUACCCGAACUCGUCUUACCAGACCGCUUCUUCCCCAAAGAAAAUUCAGGCAAAACCCCUCCAGAAAUAGAUUUACGGCAACUUUCCUUAUGCGAAAAAGACUCUCUAUCAAAGCUCAUAGGAUCAGUAACCACCAUUGGGUGUUUUCAGCUCUUGAAUCAUGGGUUGUCCAAAGAGUUGAUAAGCGCUGUGAAGGCAGAGUGCGAAGGAGUUUUCGGGUUAUCGCACAAAAAGAAAAUGAUGGUAUCGAGAUCAAAUGGUGUUUGUUACGGCUUCGAAGAGCAUUCCGGCGAGAUAGAGGAAUAUUCCGGUGAAAAUGAGGAAUGCUCCGGCGAGUUCUUUUGGUCGAGGAGGGAGAGGACGAGCAUGGAGUUCGCAUUGAAGCGAGUGUGGCCUGAAGGAUUUCGAAGUUUCAGCCAAAAUAUUGAAGCUUUGUCUGCCCAAAUUGAGAAAAUCGCUGAAUUUAUCCUUCAAAUUCUACUAGAAAACACCAGUAAAAAAGCAAGUAUAGAGCAAGGAGAUUCAUUAUUGGGACUUUACAAACAUGGCCGGAAUGCUUUUUCCGGCAAGACUGAGGCAUGCCUUAAAUCCGACCUUGUUCGGAUACUCAUUAGAAGAUCAGACCUUUCCCAUGCAUUGAGCAUUCAUUUAUGCGAUGGGUCCCCGGAAUUUCACGUUUAUUCAAGGAAAGGUUGGAUUUCUUUCAGGCCGGCGCACGAAUCUGUGGUUUUCACCGUUGGAGAUCAAAUUCAGAAAUGGAGUGAGGGAUUAUACAAGCAUGUGGUUGGAAGGCCUAUGUUUAAAAGAGAUGAUGGUUGUAUGAGCAUGGCUCUCCUUUAUUCUCCCACCAUCACCUUGAAAGGAGGGGGCCAAAAAACAAUUUCAUUUGCUCAACAAGUCUUGCUAGCAAUAUGUCUCAUUUUCCUCUACCAUCUUUUGGUCUUGCUCUCUAAGCCAAAAGAGAUUCAUUAAUAUGUGAAAUAAGUCACAUUUUCAUGGUUUUUAACGAUGUUCAAAGUGGGUUAGAAGAGAAGCAUUACUGGCAAAGUAGUGAAUGAAGUUUAUGGUCUUGCACAUU